UUUACGAGGUAUUAAUAUGAUUGCCAAGGCCGAAGGACUGGAUGGGCCGUAACAGGGUGUCACCUACGAAGGACCAAGUCAAUCAUCGUGUUAUCGGGUUUCCUAAGGUUGGCCUAAGAAUGUUAUUUUCGUCGAGGAUCCGCCGUUUGGGCGUUUUGGUUUGGAAGAACAGCGUCCUAGUGCGGCGUCGACACUGGUUCAUUACUCUGCUGGAAAUUCUUGUGCCAUUGGUGCUAUUCGCAAUCAUCGCCUUCCUACGGGCUAACGCCAGCUCUCUUGGUAGCGUUGAAGUGAAUGAGUCAAAGCGUUUUGAUCCCAAAGACCAAGCAGAGUUACGGUCAAACCUAAGACUAUUUGAGGUGUUCUAUGCACCUAAAAAUAGCUUCACUGAAACUUUAGUCAAUAGAGCCAAGGAAUUUGGAGGUUUAAAAGGCGCAGAAGGUUUCAACUCAGUGGAGGAAAUGCUGUACCAACACAGAUUGCUCUCCAACAAAACAGAUAACUACUAUUUGGAGAGGAAAAUCGCCUGCUUGGUCUUUGAGGGCGAUGCUGCCACAUCUACAAAUGGUCAGGUUCCAAAGAAGUUGGAUUAUAAGAUCAGAAUCAAGGACCACUUCAAGACUGAUCAACUAAUCGAUUCACUUGCAAUUGGCCCCAGUGACUAUCGAUCAGAAACCUACAUGCAAAGUGGCUUCAUUGGCAUCCAACUCAUCACCAACAAAGCCUUUAUUGAGCUAGCUCAAUCCCAUGAGUUGCAGAGACCACCCAAAUACAUAGGAGACCAAAUGCUUCUGCAAACAAUGCCUUACCCUCCAUUUACUGAUGACCACGGAUACUCCCUUGCAGUGAAAAGCAUGCUGCCUUUUGUGUCCAUGUUCAGUUUCAUCAUCCUUUGCACCACAGUAACGAAACGAGUGGUUGAGGAAAAGCAGUCUGGAGCCAAGGAACUGAUGAAGCUGAUGGGAAUGGAGAAGUGGGCCUUCUGGGCUGGCUGGCUGAUUGACGCCUUGCUCAUCCGAGUUGUGACUAUGAUUUUGAUCGUUUUUCUUCUCACAUUUGCAUUUGAUGAGGCUUCUGGCGCAGUAUUGAACGAAUCAAGUCCCACUCUUCUGUUCUUCAUGCUUAUGAUGUAUUGUGCCAGCGCUGUUGUCUUCCUCUUUGCCAUCAGCACUUUCUUUUCCAAACCCCUCAUCGCAAUGACUGUGAGUUUUGUCGUCUGGUUUCUAUCCCUUGUGAUUCCUUCGCAAUACGUGAAUUCAAAAAACCCAGGAUUUUUCACCAAAUGCAUCAUGAUGAUUUUCCCUAACAUGGGCUUGUUCUUCACCUUUGAUUCUGUUCUUGAACUAGAGCGGAGAGGUGCUGGUGCCCAGUGGGGUAACAUUCACAUGUCUGGGACGGGAACUCCUCGAGACAUAUCUCUGUUGAACGUGCUCUGUAUGUACAUUAUUGACCUCGUGCUGUAUGCAGUCAUCACUUGGUACGUCAGCGAAGUGCAUCCUGGACAGUAUGGCUACAAACAGCCCUACUUCUUUUUCGCCACCAGAGCAUACUGGUUAGGAGAAAGGGAAAGAACUCGAACAAUUAUAUCACUCACAGAAUAUGUUGGGUGUACUAGGGACCUUUGGCAGAUUGAAGACCCUGCGGAAGUGAGCCAAGAAAACUAUGAGCGGCCCCUGACCACAGACGUGACUGAUGACAAGGUGGGAAUCAUCAUCCGAAACCUGCGGAAAACGUACCCAGGCUUGCUGGGACGUCCUCCUGUGCGGGCAGUGCGUGGCAUCUCGCUGGACAUCUACAAAGGAGAAAUCACCGCUCUGCUCGGGCACAACGGAGCAGGCAAAACGACCACAAUGUCAAUUCUGACUGGAAUGAUAUCGCCAUCAGAUGGAAAAGUGCAGGUGUUGGGCUACGACCUGAAACACGACCUUUCGGAAAUCAGACAGUCGCUGGGGUUGUGCCCACAGCACAACCUGCUCUUUGGAGAACUCACGGUGCAACAGCACUUGGUGUUCUUUGCUAUGUUGAAAGGAAACUCAAUGGUACAAGCACGGGGUGAAGCUGAGGAGCUGUUGUCUAUUGUUAGGCUGGACAGUAAAAAGGACGCGUUGGUUUCUGAGCUGUCUGGAGGAAUGAAAAGGAAACUACAACUGGCGAUCGCCUUGAUUGGAGGAUCACAGGUGGUUAUGUUAGACGAGCCCACUUCUGGUCUUGACCCCGAAGCAAGACGCGAGAUCUGGGACCUGCUGCUGCACUUGAGAAAACAAAGAACAAUCGUGUUGAGCACACAUUUCAUGGAGGAAGCAGAUGUGUUGGGUGACACAAUCGCAAUCAUGUCACACGGAAAUGUGGAGUGUUGUGGAUCGACCAUGUACCUGAAGAAAGUCUUUGGCGCUGGAUACCACUUGAAUCUGCUGAGGAAAAACAACUGCAACGAGAAAACCCUAACAAAAACUCUCAAGGAUAUUAUUCCAGAAGUGAUUGUGGAAAAUAGUUCUGAAGAUGGAACAGAUUCACCCAAAACUGGUCCCAUCACGUUCACCCUUCCAUCAAACCAAGUGGACAAAUUUCCAAAGUUAUUUGAUGCCCUUGAAAAAUCUAAGGAUGAGCUCGGGAUUGCAAGUAUUGGAGUGUCCGUCACAACUAUGGAAGAAGUGUUCCUCAAGGUUGGAGAACUGUCAGCAAAAAAAUAUGCCAAUGAAAAUAUGGGAGAUUUUGAUAUAACUGACAAUGGAAAUGGUGCCUCGUCAGUUCCACAGGAUUCAGAUACAAAGAUAAGUGGAGCAAACCUGAUUUAUGAGCAAAUUCAUGCUCUGACUGUUAAAAAGAUGAUUGUCUCCAAAAGGCAAUGGCUUUACCUGCUCCUUCAGUUUUUGCUUCCCGUUCUGCUGACUCUGUGUGCUGUAGUGUUGUCUUAUGCUACAAUGUCAAUUGACCUUGAAUCUGAACCCGAAUUACCAAUCAGCCUGAGUCAGUAUGGCUCUGAGAGCACUUUGCGUGUGCUUUAUGAGCGGGAUACCACCGACCAAGCAGGAUUCUUAUCUAAAAUCUAUGCGGCAAAUUUGCGAGGAGUAGCUGGAGUAACCGAGGUCGACAAGCUUGAGGAUAAGUUGAUUGAAAUUGGGACUAAAAGUCUCUUAGAGUACAGAGGAAACUACAUUGCUGCCGCAAGGAUUACCUCUGUGAAUGAGACGCUUCGGGUCAAUGGCCUCUACAGCUAUGAUUCGUGGCAUUCGGCGCCAAUUUCCCUUAACCUGAUUUCAAACGCCUUACUCAAGUACCACGCUUCAUCAGCUUAUGAAAUUUUGACCGAAAAUCAACCUCUCCCUGUCAACACAGAGGGGAGCCACAUGAACAACUAUGCAGCAAUGUCAGCUGCCAUCGCCUUUAUAUGGCUGUCGCUAGCUCAUCUUGGCUGGAUUUUCGCAACAUCGGUGAAUAUGGUGCUGCCUCUUCAGGAAAGAGUGCUAGGAGCUAGGCAGUUGCAGAUUAUGGCUGGGUGUCCUCUCUAUGUGAUCUGGCUGAGUUAUUUCAUAAUAGAUGCAAUUAUCACCUCAACUGUGACUGUUGUCGUCCUUGCUGUGAUCUUCCCAUUUGACACUCAACACAUCUUUACCUCUGGCACUGAGCUGGGUGUGUUGUUCUCCAUUUUCUUCUUGUAUGGAAUCUCUGGCACAAUGUUUGCCUACUUCAUCAGCUUUGUAAAGGACAGUGUCCCCUCUGCAUUUGGUUUCACCACGUUCAUCACCCUUUUCAUUGGUGGAAUCGUCAAUGUCAUCCUUUAUGCCUUGGAAAUGUUUCCCAUGUGGGAAGAUUACGGCUCAGCUUUGAGGAUAAUUUUUGGCCUGCUUAUGCCCCACUCUGCCCUCAUUUCAAGCCUCACUCACUUCUCUGGAACUGCCAUUUACAACUCCAUGUGCAGAACUAUUCCUGAUACGGUGAAAGACUUUGCGUGCAAAGGGAAUUCUCCCCUUGUCAUGUGCUGUGAGCGCAUUUGCGAGCAGUAUGAUCUGUGCUUCAAACCUGCAUCCUACAUGUGGGGCAACAAAACAGUUUACGACGGCAACUGGGCUGUCCGUCAUGGAGGAAUCGGCCAAGAACUCAUCUACUUUACCAUCGGCUCAUUCCUGUGGAUUGGUAUUGUCCUCCUUCUGGAUUCGGGAGUGCUAAAUCGUAUAUCAGAGAAAGUUCUGAGGAAAAUAGACCAGCGAUUGCACCCCAGAGAUGAAGUAGACGGCUCCUCAGAUGACCAAGAUGUCCAAGAGGAGACAAACAGAGUGAAAAGAUGCAUCCAAUCACCUUCAAAUGCGGGAGAAGACCAAAUUGAUUCUAUUGGAAGUAAUCAGCCCAUCCUUGCUGUAGACACCCUCCACAAGCAGUACGGUUUGCCAGUCACCAAAGGCCGGUUCCCUGCGGUGCGCGGAGUCAGUUUCAGAGUGGAGCGAGGAGAGUGCUUUGGCUUGCUCGGCGUCAACGGGGCUGGAAAGUCCACAACGUUCCGAAUGCUCACAGGAGCUGCACCACCGACUGAAGGCGAUGCUUUGUUAGGACGCUCCAGAUUGAGUGGAAACCGAAGCCACUUUUUGUCUGGCCUGGGCUACUGUCCUCAGACGGAUGCGCAGCUUGGCGUUCUCACAGGCAGAGAAACUCUGAAGUUGUACGCUCGACUUCGUGGCGUACCAAAGGAGCAAGUUCACGGAGUCGUAAAUAAAUGGCUAGAGGCACUUGGUUUGACCGAGUACGCGAACCGACCAGCAGGCACUUACAGUGGAGGCAACCAGCGCAAAUUAAGUGCCGCCAUGGCUCUGAUCGGCGAGCCACCAGUUGCUCUUCUUGACGAACCAACAAGCGGUGUUGAUCCAAUUGCCAGAAGACAGCUUUGGCAGGCACUGGCGUCGUGUCAGAGAGCAGGACAGUCGAUCGUUCUCACAUCCCACAGCAUGGAUGAGUGUGAAGCUCUGUGCUCAAGGCUUGGCAUCAUGGUCGCUGGAAAGCUGGUGUGUCUGGGGCCGAUCGGCCACUUGAAGGACAAGUAUGGUCAGGGCUACACCCUGAUGGUGAAAGUGAAGAGUUUGUCCUGGGGAACCGACCACGAGGCCAUGUCCGAAGGUGGCAGGCAACUUGCCAACCUGAAAAUCGACAUCGAGAGGGAGCUCGCUCCGUGCACGUUGCUCGACGAGCAUUUAGGUUUGCUGCACUACCAAAUCAAGGGUGGCAGGAAGUGGAGUGACAUGUUCAAGGAAAUGGAGAGUCUGAAAAAGUUCCACUCCAUCAUGGAGGACUACACUUUGAGUGAAACCACUUUGGAGCAAGUGUUCCUGUCAUUUGCACAGCAAAGAGACCGCAGCAGCCAGCCGCCUGAUACUAUAGCGGAAAUUACACAUGUUUAAUAGGAAUCUCUAACCUGUCAAUCGUCAUCUCACUGAUACCCGAAAGUGCCUCAUCUUCGGGCAUCAAAUUAGAUUAUUAAUUUAUUGACUCUUUUUUUGAAAACAUGGCUUUAAUUUUUCUCACUUAAGACACGUAAUGUUAAGCUAGAGUUUGUAGUUCACAGUUGAGAUUGUCGAUAGGAUUCUUGGAAUGAAUACAUUUCACUGGAGCGCUGAAGUGUGUAGCUAUUGGAAUUUAUUUUUGUACUUUUUGACAGCCAAAGCAGCUAAAUUGUUAAUUCAAGCUGUGAUUUUCAGUCAGCUGUAAUUUGAACGUUCACAAUUUUAUACUAAUGUAAGACCGUGAAAAUAAGUUCCAUGCUCAUCAGUAACCAAAGUUCGCGUGCGCACCUGCAAUUCAUAUAAGAUAAUUUAAUUACUAAAAAAAAGAAAAUCACAAAAAAAUGUUUUCGAACAUUCCCAUUUUGAGGUGACUAGAAUUUUUGUAUUGUUAUGCCGAUGUGAUACAAACUUAAGCAUAUACAUAAUAUCUUUAUUACAUUAGCACAUAUUUGCUAAAGGACUUGCACCUUGCAUGCUACUUCAUUGUUGUAUUUAAUACUAGAAAAUAUCUCACGAGAAAUUUCAGCUCACCUCAUCUGUUCUGUAUUAACUUGGAUACAAUAUUUUUGUUCUCGUGGCUAAUUACGAAGAAAUCUCACCGUCACCAUUUCUGUACAUUAAUUUACAGUUAAAUCGCUAAACCAGCUGAAACUAAUAAAGUUUAAUAGAGUGGAUUAUAUGUUCAACCAAUAAAAUGCAAUUCUAGAAAACUUUCUCGCUUA